AUGAAGUUUUGGAAGAAAAAAGACAAGAGCAAGUCAACAAACCCUUUUGACGAUGAAGACUCUACAAGUUUUAGUACCGAAUAUUCUCAGACUCCCACGGCUGUAUCUGAACCAGUCAAGGAGCGUUACCAAGCACCACCCAAGCCGUCAACGGAUAACUCGCGAGACCGUCAAUAUUUGUUUGCAGGUCAUCAAGAUCCCACCAACCGUUUCGAUAGCAAUGGUCAGGAAGACGCUUAUCGUACCAGUAGGUUGAACGAAGGAGAAGAGGAUCAAGAGAUUCAACAAAUUCAGCGACAGAUUCGCAAUGUCAAGCAAGACUCAUUGGCAAGUACUCGGAACGCUUUACAAAAGAUUGGUGAGGCCGAAGCAGCUGCUGCCAACACCAUGAACAUGCUAGGAACUCAAUCAAGUCAAAUUGCUAAUGUGGAUCGUAGUUUGGAUCUAUCCAAAGCAUAUGGUGAUAAAGCCUCAUCGCAAGCGAGCGAACUCAAACAAUUGAAUCGGUCCAUCUUUAUCCCAGUGAUUAAGAACCCGUUUAAUAAAGGAUCUCGAGAACGACGAGAGAUGGAAAAGGUGCAACGAAAUCAUCAAGAGCAUAUGGAAGAACGAGACAAUAUCCGCAGCUUUGAAUACAAGUCAAGUGCACGUAUUGCUGAGGCACAUCGAAAAACAAACACGGAGGAAAAGGAAAGCUUUCAUCGAGGUCGCUCACAAGCAGAUCGGAAUCGAUAUCAAUUUGAGCCGGAUGAAGAAGAUGAUGCGGUGGAAGAUGAGCUGGAUACAAAUUUGGACUUGUUAGGGGAUGCCACCUCAAGGUUACGUACCAUGGCUACUUCCAUGAAUGAAGAAUUGACAAGUCAAAAUCAACAAUUAGACAAGGUGACCAAGAAAGUCGAUCCCAUUAGCGCCAAAUUGGUUUCUGUCACCCAUACAUUAGACUCAACACGAUAA